AUGGAGGAGUACAGGCUUCCGAGUAAAUGGAACUCUAAGCAAGAUCACGUGGUUUGCAAGAGUCAGAUUUUGUUCCAAACUGAGUUCAGUCUCUUGCUCGCCAAGCAUUUAUCCUAUUCAUCAGAUAAGAGGUCUAAAGAAUCUGGACUCUACAUAUUUGCGAACUGGACAGAGGCUUGUGGUUAUAGCGAUGGAUGUGAUAGCGCGGUCAUUGGAGGGUCAAGAGCGGAUAAGGACAAAUAUUUUGAUAUUGAGAAGGGAGAAGAAGUAUUGAAAACUUGUAUUAUAGAAGAGUAUAGACUUGUGGAAGAAGCAAUGAAGGAUAAAGUGUUGUGCAUUAUCAAGCGUCAGAGGUAA